AUGCCUGACUGGAGGAAGCUCAUCAACUGGAAGUCCGUGCACGAAACCGACAUCAAGAACGAUGAUAUCGUUAUUCUAUUGAUAGGUCAGACAGGAACUGGCAAAAGCACGUUUAUCAACACUGCGACGCAGAGAAAUUUGCUUGCGGUCCAUAAACUUCUUAAGCCCUGCACUACCGCCGUGGCACAUGUAAGAUGCAAUUUUCCAGGCAGUGACGACGGGGGAGAUGCCCGAGGCGUCGUGUUCGUCGACACCCCGCCUAUUGGCGCUGACGACUUGAAGGGGCAAGAGCGUGCGGAGAAGCUGAUAUACAAGUGGAAGGAGGACGUCCUGGAUAAACGGCGUAUUAAGCUAGCUGGAAUUCUAUAUCUUUACAGAAUCAGCGACAACAGGAUGCCAGACCCCCCGCUACCGCAGUACCGCAAAUUCUCGGAAAUAUUCAAGACCGAUGUCCCUAUCUUGCUGGUCACCACGAUGUGGGAGCGGCCUCCAGAGGACGACGCACUGAAAGAGGGAAGGCAAAAGGUGAUUGCGUCGAGUUGGCAGGGCCUCGGUCCGGGUUUGAAACGGAAGAGGACACAGGCGGACCUCCAAUACGCAGGACCCGACGCUCCAGUAACCAAACACGAUGGAACGCACGAUUCCGCAUGGAGGGUAGUCGACGAGUUAUUGGCGAGGCGACUUUCGAAACCGAACGCGCUGUCCUAG